AGAGAAAACAAAUGGAAGACACUAUAGUGCUAUACCCCAUUGUGUCCAUUGGCCACCUCGUGUCAAUGGUGGAGCUUGGCAUGCUCGUUCUCCGCCAAUACCAUCACCUCUUCUCUGUCACCGUCAUAAUUAAAGCAUACCCAUUUAUCACCCCAAACGUCACCGCCUUCCUCCGCCGCGCCUCCGAAACCACCCCUUCGAUCACCUUCCACCACCUCCCUUCCCUCUCCAUCCCUUCCUCUAUCGAACCUUCUUCCAAUCGAAGCCGCGCAGCAGUACUCGACGAACUCGUCCGUCUCAACAACCCAAACUUCCUCCGUGUACUUCAAACCAUCUCGAAAACCUCCACCAUUCGAGCCCUUAUUAUGGACUUAUUCUGCGCCCCUGCCUCCAGCGUCGCAUCAGGUCUCGGAAUCCCCACAUACUACUAUAUCCCUGCAGGUGCUACCUUUCUCUCGUUCUUACUCUAUCUCCCCACCAUCCACAAUCAAAUCACCGAGAGCUUCAAGCACCUCGCAAUGACCCAUCUGCAUAUCCCGGGCUUGCCACCCAUCCCGGCCUUGGACAUGCCUGAAUCGACGCUGGACCGAGAGAACCAGGGCUACCAUUGCAUCUUAGAGAUCGGUUCCAGCCUACACAAAUCAAAGGGAAUUAUAGUGAACACUUUUGAAUCCCUUGAAUCAAGAGUGAUCAAAGCCAUCACUGAUGGGCUCUGCAUACCAGACGCUCCAACUCCACCUGUUUACUGCAUCGGACCAUUGAUCGCCAGCCACACUAAUCAUACUGUUGAGGGUGAAAGUGUAAAUCAGUGUUUAUCAUGGCUCGAUGCCCAACUGAGUCAGAGCGUCGUGUUCUUGUGUUUUGGAAGCCGAGGUGUGUUCUCGAAGGCGCAGGUGAAGGAGAUCGCAGUUGGGUUGGAGAAGAGUGGGCAGAGGUUUUUGUGGGUUCUGCGAAAGCCGCUCUCAGAGGACAAUAACAAACACUUCUUUAUCGAACGGAGAGUUCCGGAUUUGGAUGUUCUGUUACCGGAAGGUUUCUUGGACCGGACCAAAGACCGAGGCCUUGUGGUCAAGGAGUGGGCCCCGCAAGUGGAAGUGCUUAAUCGGGAAUCCGUGGGUGGGUUCGUGACUCAUUGCGGGUGGAACUCUGUGUUGGAAGCGGUAUGCGCAGGGGUGCCCAUGGUGGCAUGGCCUCUCUAUGCUGAGCAGCACAUGAACAGGGCAGUUUUGGUCGAACAGAUGAAAUUGGCGAUGCCGAUGAAGAAAUCGAAAGAUGGGUUGGUGAGUGCAGAGGAGGUUGAGAAACGAGUGAGAGCUUUGAUGGAAUUGCAAGAAGGUAGGGUUUUUAGAGAACGUAGUCGGAAGAUGAAGGAAGAGGCCAAAGCUGCGUGGUCCGAUGGUGGUUCUUCUCUGAUUGCAUUCACCAAGAUGGCCGAGUCAUGGAUCAGUUGA